CACGGGACACCACAUACGAUAUCAACACAUACGAUACACAUUAGCGGGUACUACUUACGAACGGACACGCAUUGUAUAUACUUCACAAUAUUGAAUUACGACAGCACUUUCGUCGUUUAUGUACAGCUACUGUGUGAUCUACGAAACACGAACAUGGACUAUAGUAGCCCAUGUUAUGGAUCGAAUAGUCUAUGGAGAUAGUAAUACGCAUCGCCGCGGUGUUGCGAAGAACGCGACGGGCAUGUGAUCGUACCUGCGUCUGCAAGAGCCGGCGGCAGGCCUCGGCCGGCAUCAUAAUCUCUCGAAAUGGAAUCUCUGUGGCCUACUCUCCUAUUUUGGUUUAUUUUCCUGGAAGAGCAAGAAUAAUCGGGAAACCACUCACUGUUCUUAACAGGAAACCCCCAACAGUGAGUUCAUCCCAUUUACCCUUCAGCAAUCAUAACGUUACCCACUGGCAAGCGCGAAUGAGAUAUGUUACUCAGUUUCAGUUUGUCGUCUUAUCUCCCACCUGUUUAGCUUCAGAAGGGGGAGUCUGCAUAUGUUGGAAGAAAAGAUUCGCCUUUGAGGAUUUUCAAGCAUCUGAUUGAUCUAUCAAUACCGUCAACCUGGGGAGAAGCGCUGAUCCCAAUGCAAAAGGAACACUAACACCCACGAUGUUCCUGCAGUCCUAAGGGAUCUAACACAUUCGCUUCUCAAAAGCAGAUACGAAACACCCAUAUAGAAUAUCUGCGAUAUACAUGACAA